UUUUCUAUAUCGUGCAUAAACAGAAGUAGCAGCAGCAGCUAGGGCAAGAAAAAGAAUCGAUUUUUCGUUACCGACUGCAAAGAAUCUCUACCGCUUCUCUCGCCUCAGGAAUAUGGAGACAUUUGCUUUCUUUUGUUGUUGCUUUUCUUGGAAUAUCUCUGCAUGUAGUAGUUCCUUGUGUAUCUUUUUCUCACCCCAUACACUUCACUUUCUCAAACCCUUCUUAUUUUUGAAUGUAAUUGUCCAGCCUCGUGGCAAGUCGUUUGCUUCGAUGAUUUUGCACAUGUUGAUCCUCUUGUUGAUCACUUAGUUGCUCUUUGACUGUUUCUAUUAAUUGUUAUGAUAUCACCCUUUAUUCAUUCUGCAUCUCCUUGGAAGCCUAUAUCUGAUUGGGCACAGAUUCAGUCACUGUUCUCACUUUUCAAACUCCUUUUUCCCUUUCGUUUUUUCUAUCCAUGUUGGAUAUCAUUCUUCCUUCUCCAAAUGCUCCUGGUAUCUAUGCUUCUAUCAUAGUUGCCGUGCAAGAUCGAUUCGUUAGAUAUAUAAGAUGCCGAGGACCAGAUCAAAUUCUACAGCUGCGUCGUCGGAUGAUUCUGGGAAGCCGGAUGAGAGUGAAAAGCCCGUUGAUUCUGAAGAGCAUGUUGAUCUUGAGGAGACGGUAGAAGAGGAAAUUGAAUAUGAAGAAGUUGAGGAAGAAGAGGAAGAAGUUGAAGAGAUAGAGGAAGAAGAGGAAGAAGUUGAAGAAGAGGAAGUGGAGGAAGAAGAAGAAGAAGAGGAAGUUGAGGAGGAAGAUGAGGAGAUUGACGCUGAUCACAAUGACAAUAUGAAAGAUGCCGAAGUAGAGGUGGAUGAGAAACAAAAACAUGCAGAGCUUCUUGCACUUCCACCCCAUGGAUCUGAGGUCUACUUGGGUGGCAUCCCGAAUGACACAACCGAAGAGGAUCUCAAGGAAUUUUGCAGCUCUGUUAGUGAAGUGACUGAGGUGAGAAUAAUGAGAGGGAGAGACUCAAGUGAAAGCAAAGGUUAUGCCUUCGUCACCUUUAGAACAAAGGAACUUGCAUCGAAGGCCAUUAAACAGCUUAACAAUACCGAACUGAAGUUGAAAAAAAAACCUUCAUUAGCGGGCAAGAAGGUCAAAUGCUCAACAUCUCAGGCAAAGUACAAGUUAUUCAUUGGUAAUAUCCCAAGAAGCUGGGGAGAGAAAGACAUGAAGAAGCUUGUGAACUCGAUAGGCCCCGGAGUUGAAACUGUGGAGUUGCUGAAGGAUCCUCAGAAUUCUAAUCGUAAUCGAGGAUUUGCGUUCAUUGAGUAUUAUAAUCAUGCUUGUGCUGCGUAUUCAAGAGAGAAAAUGUCUACACCAGAGUUUAAGCUUGAUGAUAAUGUUCCAACUGUAAGCUGGGCUGACCCCAAAAAUGCAGAAUCUUCGCCCUCUUCACAGGUUAAAGCUGUUUAUGUGAAGAAUUUGCCAAAAAACAUAACUCAAGAGCAACUAAGGGAUCUAUUUGAACGUCAUGGGAAGAUUUCAAAGGUGGUUCUUCCACCUGCUAAAGCAGGUCAGGAAAGAAGCAGGUACGGCUUUGUACACUUUGCCGAUAGAUCGAGCGCAAUGAAGGCACUAAAGAACACCGAGAAAUAUCAAAUUGAUGGACAAGUAUUGGAGUGCUCUCUUGCUAAACCACAGGCUGAUCAGAAGUCUUCAGGAGGAGGGGGGACUUCGUCCAAUUCUCAUAAACCAGCUCUUCUUCCAACCUAUCAACCACCUCGGCUUCAUUAUCCGUUGGUUGGAGGUGGUGGUGCUUAUGGCUCUGGACAUCCUGGCUAUGGUGCUGCUGCCGGCUAUGGAGCCGCCGCCGGUUAUGGGGCUGGUGCUGGUUAUGGACAACAAUUGUUAUUUCGAGGGGGACCUUCUCCUGCUGGUAUGGCGAUGGUGCCUAUGCUUUUGCCAGAUGGAAGGAUUGGAUAUGUCUUGCAACAAGGAGCUCAGCCAAGAACACCACCGCCUCAGUAUAGAAGUGGAGGAGGUAGGAGCAGCGGGGGAGGAGGAAGUUCGAGUGGUGGUGGGAAAAGAGGAAGUGGAGGCGGCGGUGGUGGCGGUGACAGUGGGCGAGGUAGCCGGAGCCGGUAUAACCCAUACUGACUGACCCAAAAAAGAAAGAGAAAAUUUACUCCAUUUGAGAUGUAGUUCUCUCAGUUAAAACCAAUGGAACUUCAUUCAAUGGUGAAUUUGUUCCAAAUUUUCUUAAGACUCUUAACUGUUCCUGAAUUGGUUUGUUUGUAAUAUUAUUAGAGAGUGGAGGUAGUGCAUAAUUAUUAUGCUUUAAUAUUAAUUACUAUUAUCAUCUCUUUUAUAUCAAUUGAUAUUGUUUGGUUCA